GUCCUUUAUAUCAGUAAGGAGCCAAUCUCUGAACAAGUCAUUAUACAUUCUACACUUGAGACAAACACUUCAACUAACUUGCACUUGUUUCGUGAAGAAAUACCUGACCGCAUAGGUUCGGAAGUGAAUUAGCAAAAGCUUAUUUGCUAACUAAUGCUAAUUAACAAUUUUAUGGAGCAGAGGGUUCGCUGUGAAACGGACUACUACAUUUGCCACUGUGACCUGCAGCCUGCUGAGCCACCUUAAUGGGGAGCUGGAGUUCGCCUGAAAAUGGUGCUGACACAGACACCUCUGAUGUUCGCCUUCUCCUGGUAGGACCUAAACGCACAGGCAAGAGCUCCUGUGGCAACACCAUGCUUGGACGUAAAGCCUUCGACACCAGAGGGGGCGGACCUAGCACUGCUGCCAGUGGAACCGCGGCCGGUCAUGACGUCACCGUGAUUGAUGCCCGGGGCUGGGGCUUCUCAGAAGACUCCGUCCCCAGGGAGGAAAAGAAAGAGCUGCUAAGAGCCCUGUCGUUGUGUGGCCCUGGUCCCCACAUUGUCCUCCUGGUGAUUCCCCUACUGGACUUCACUGAGAUGGAGAGGCAAGCGGUGGAGAGGCGCAUGGAGGUUAUGACCUCUAGUGUGUGGAGGCACACCAUGGUGCUCUUCACUUUCGGCGACCGACUGAAGGGGAGGGGGCGAAGCCUGGAGCAGCAUAUCCAAUCUGGGGGCCUGGCACUGCAGUGGCUGAUGGAAAAGUGCAGGUACAGGUGCCACGUGUUGGAUAACAAGGAAGGACAGUGGGAGGGAAAGGAGGGAAGGGGUCAGGUGGAGGCAUUAGUGAGCAGGGUGAAGGACAUGUUGCAGGAGAACGGGGGAUGGCACUUCUCCCUUCACAUGUAUCACAGGCUGGAGGAAGACUGGAGCCGGAGAGAGCAGGAGUUGAGGGAGAGGAUGGAGGGAGAGAGGGAGAUGAAGAUUGAGCGGGAGAGGAUGAGAGAGAUUGUGGAAGAGAGGCAGGGCCAGGAGGAGUGGGAGACUCAGAGAGCGAUAGGGAGAGGGGAGAGGUCAGUGGUUAAAAUGGUGACACCAUAUGAGCCUGGGAGAGGACAGAGACAGGCCUUCUGCACCAUUAGACGCCACCUAGCCUAAUUAGCCAUCUCCAUACAGACAUACCAAUUAGCCAAGACUACUGAAUAAGGACUGUUGAAAUCAUACCAAGUGUCAGGAAGGCUAUGUGGAAAUGACUGAAUGACUGAUAUAUACUGGAAUGACUGAUAUAUAUAUACCCCCCCCCCCCCAAAAAAAAAUGGAAUUUGAUGCUCCCUGACUAUCCAGCUUUUGUUUUGGUUAUUCUUAGCAACCUGGAAAGAGUGAAGGGACUGUAUAAAUCUAGAGCAAUAUCAAUUCUACACAGUUUCAAUUUGGUUUUAGUCAUUUCAACUGAGGUUGACUCUCCCCCGAAUGUUAUUUUUUUGUUUUUACUCAAACCACCCGCGGACCACAUUGGGCUCCAGAUUAGGCCUGCAGGCCUCGAGUUUGACACGUGAUACACACCAAACACAGCCUUUUGAAUGUGCUGUCUGUUUUGCCAUGUACAGUUUUUACACUUAUAUUUCAGUCAUUUAGGGCCAAGACACCAGAGGUGGCAGAACGGAGUGCUCGGGUUGGGGUCUGGUCAGGAUUAACCAACGUCCACCAACCUGCCAGGGUGUUUUCUAUUUGUGUAACUAUAAUUUUGUGUACUAUUUAUAUGACAGUAUAUGAAAAAUAAAUCAAUAUACAAUACAGUGUAUUACAUGUCAA